AUGGAAGGAAAAGAUGAAAAUGAAGAAGUAAAAUAUGAAAAUAAUUACGAAAUGUAUAAUUUAAAUAGAGAAAAUACAUUGUCAAUAAUAAACGAAAAUGAUGAAUGCAUACCCCAUUCAGUUGUAAUAAAUAAGAAGAAUCUUGAUAUAUUUAAUAUGGAUUCAACAAUGUAUCAAAAACUUGAAUAUAAAAGAAUAUUUAAUUUGAAAUCAAGAAUAGUUAAUGAAGAACCUAUUUUUGCUUUAGAACCAUCAAUUAACGAAGGAUCAUCAGGAGAGGAUGAAGUUAACAACAAUAAUGAAGAAAAUAAUAUAACUCAACCACAAAUACAUACUAUUUUAUGUUUUUUUUUUCCUAUAAUAGGUUGUCUUUCAUAUAUUCUUAAUUUAAAAUAUGAUGAAUCUUCUUUAAGGCAUAUAUAUGCUAAAAGAGCCUUGUGCUUAGGUAGUGCUUUGAGUGUUGUAUACUCUUUUAUUAUUUGCUCUUUAUUAGGUCAUUACUUGUUUCAAUAUAAUUCAGAUGAUUUACGUGGUUUUUCCUAUUAA